AUGGAGAUCACUCAGAGAAGACAGACACGUGAGGAACACGCAGGGCAGACACAAGGCCAUGGUGACACACAGAAUACUGAGAUUGGAAGUCAGUUUAGAGGCACCACCUCACGAACAGUGCCACACUUAAAAGAGGAGAUGGACCAAAUGAAGAAAGUCAUGGAGGAGAUGAAGGAGAACAUGAGGAGAACGAAUCCUAUAGAGGAUUUGGUCCACAGGACUGACUCUCCUUUUACGGCUUCCAUCAAUGGCCACCCUCUACCAUCAAAGUUCAAACUACCUUCCCUGGACUCGUAUGAUGGGACACGUGACCCCUUCGAUCACAUUGCAAUAUUCAAGACAACAAUGCACCUUCAAGGGGUCCCUGAUGAAAUCAUGUGUCGAGCCUUCCCUACUACCCUUAAAGGCCCGGCACGAGUUUGGUUCAGUAAAAUCCCCCCAAGUUCCGUAAGUUCUUUCGAAGAGUUAAGCAAAUUGUUUGUGAACAAUUUCAUCGGAGGACAGAGGCACAAGCGCUCUUCGUCCAGCUUACUGACCAUAGAACAAGGGGAGAACGAAAGCCUGCGGUCAUUCAUCACUCGCUUCAACAGAGAAGCCCUUAGUGUGGACGAGGUGGACGACAAGCUUCUACUAGCAGCCUUCCACAACGGGAUUAAUUCGGAUUUAUUCAUCCACAAGCUAUACGAGAAGGAGCCUCAAACCAUGGCCGAGCUCGUCCAUUCGGCUCAGAACUUCAUGAAUGCAGAAGAUGCAAUCAUAGCCAAGAAGCGGAAAAGAGCUGAGAGGAUGGAAGCGCACCCAGCUCGACACUCAGAACAAGCCCCUUGUCCAAAGAAGGGACGGACGGAAGAUAGGAAGGAACGAGAUGGCAGGAAGACAGGUCCCUUGGGAAGAAGCCAGAACUAUACGCCCCUGAACGCUCCACUUAAUCAGGUUCUCAUGCAAAUCAAAGACGAUCCUUCUUUAAAAUGGCCAGAGAAGAUGAAAGGGGAUCCCAACAAGCGCAAUAAGAACAAAUAUUGUCGCUUUCACAGGGACCAUGGGCAUGACAUGGAUGAGUGUUAUGACCUAAAACAGCAAAUUGAGAACCUUAUCAGGCAAGGAAAGUUGAAGCACUUCGUUGGAAGGGAUCGUACAGAUGAGAAGCAAAAAGGCAAAAUGGAGGAAUCAUCCCGGCCCCCACUCGGGGAGAUAAGGAUUAUCGUUGGAGGGAACCCGAUGGGGCAAUCUUCCAAGUCGAAGAAGACGUAUCUCAAAGCGGUACAAAAUGUCCAGCUCUCUGGGUGA